AUGUUGGACGAGCAGAAUCUAGUUACAUCACCUCGAAGUCGACAGUAUGCAUGUCCACUGCGCUCUCCAUCUCAUCGUCAAUCUAGUGGAUUUUCUUCUCAACCUACCUCCAAGAGUUCUCCUACGGAAAAGUCCUCGUGUCACCUAACUGCUACUUCACAAUCCAUUCCGUUGCCAUUGUCCAAUUCUUCUCGGGCUCCUCAGCCCUCUUCUUCAAAGCCAUCCUAUCCAUCUUCCAGUGCUGCUGCCAGCACAUGUAUAAGCACGAGUGUUACACAAAAUCAGUCAGUAUUAGGUCAAUCACCACAUUCGCUAGAUCGCCAUUCUCAACCCAAGACUGCUACUUCGAUCUUAUUGAAGAAAGGCCGUCAAUUUGCAUCUGGCGAGCAAUCUACCCGUGCAUCUACCAUCAAAUCGAGCUUUCAGCAACCGUCAUCUACUCCACCAUCUUUUGGGAAGCAUUCUAAAUCGAAUGAAGUCGCUCCUGACCCACGCAAGAAGCCGGUUCAUGUGAUCUGUGAUGAAGCUAAAUCGCAUAAUCGUAGCCGGCACAAACACAAUCACGACCAUCGCCAUAAUAAGGGACGCUAUGCACGUAAAGAGCAUAAUGACUCUCAAUCUCGCUCGCUUGGCUCUCCCCGUUCUAUCAGAUCAAGCUCUCCUGUGCUGUCGCUACGUGGGCCUUCUAAGACCGCGGAUGAUGCUUUGACAACUGUUCGAACUACAUCUCCGAUGUCUCAAGACGGCCGGUGUAGGCCACGGAUAAGUCAUAAUCUUCAGUCUCACCAUGGUCGCCGUCAGUCUAUCGAACCCAGUUUUGGAGCUGUUUCGCCAGCAUCGUCUGUCAGUACUGAACCAGCCAACGAUAGUGUAUCAGCCGCUAAUCUCGAGUGCUCACUAGAUGAAAUCGAGAUCAGCCAGUCAGAAGAUACUCAUAGGACUACGAGGGAAUUCUCUAUCCAUUUGACUCGCUUAGAUGCUCUCGAGGCCAAUGCAUUGCAACCUCCUCAUGUAUCAUGCGCGACUCGAGAUUUUCCUUUCAAGGACUCCUCUUCGUGUGACACUCUACCAACUUUUUCGCUUGCUGGAGCUCCUCGCUUCCUUCCACGCUCUCAGGCCGCUUCUUUCGACUCUUCGUCUACAUCAUCUAGCUCUAGCUCUAGCUCCACUACCACGGCAUCUGCAGUUUCAUCUCCUGUCCCUAUGGCUUCUCCCCAUUUGCCAUUAUCCAGCCAAUCUGACACCUUAACACAUAUCUGGCCAACUGCAACCGCAAGUAAUCCAACUACCAUAGCUGCAUCCUCCGGAACGGAUGCUAUCUCCUCAUCUUCUAUCUCGUCUUCUAUCGGCACCAGUCGAUCAGCAUUGGCAUUAACUGCUACCUCUGUUGCAAGUGCCUCUGGCCUAGUUAAUGACUCAAAGCUUUUGAUCAAAGUGAGUCGCGAUUGUGCAGAUUUGUCCACCACACGGUCCCCCAUCGCCUCGCUAUCAGGGUCGUCGGCAGCUGCACCUUCACCAGACUGCUCCACUAUUGCCACAACAACUCUUUCGGGUCAUGACGAUAUUAGGCACCGUCUUGGCAGACCAACACCUGCUGAGAGUCGGUCUACUGUCGGGCCUACUGCCUCGGGUUCGAGUUCAGGCCCCGCCUCACGGGUGCUUCCGGGACGGAAUGCUGUGGCGACAGCAGCAUCAAGUGUCAGAGGCCGGGACUCAGGCCGCCCGUCACUGAUGGAGGCCUUGUCUUCAGGGGUCUCUACGAUCGAUUCAUCUUCACCAUCAUCCUCAUCAUCCCUCUCUCCUUCCACGAGCAGUACUGAGACUUCACUGGCCCAAGAUGUUCUCUUGCGCACCAAAUCAGUAAAGCAAGAACUCUCAGGUAGGCCUUUGUUUUGGACUAGGGACAAGAAUUAG